UUUAUUGGAUUUCCACAAUCUAGAGUCACUUAUCUUUCUCGUUUUGACAGUGCCGUGGCCUUGUUUGCUUGCCUUUUGUUUCCUCCAUAAGCUUGCAGCAAGCAGCCAUGGCGGCUCCUAAUAAUUAUCCUAUUAUUACUACCCAUACAUGCUCAUUUGCUUCCCAUGCAAUCAUGAACAAACUUAUCUCAAUCAUAUCCUUCUUUCUUCUUCUUUCUCCUUUUUUCGCCAUGUCUAACACAUUCUUUGGUGCUGAAAAUACAGAAGGCAUAAAGUAUUUGUUCCCUGAAAUCCUCAAGGAGGAAGCUGUUGCAAGACUCAAUGAGCUUGGAAAGGUAAGUGAUGCAAAUGGCUACCUUGAAAGGACCUUCCAAAGCCCUGCAUCGAUCAAAGCAGGAAAUCUUCUUCGUGCAUGGAUGGAAGAUGCAGGCUUGAAAACGUGGGUGGACCAAAUGGGCAAUGUCCAUGGUCGGGCUGAAGGGAUUAAUCCAAGUGAAAAGGCUUUGUUAAUUGGCUCUCAUUUGGAUACAGUUAUUGAUGCUGGAUUCUUUGAUGGCUCAUUGGGCAUAAUUUGUGCAAUAUCUGCAUUGAAGGCAUUGAAUGCCAGCGGAAGGUUGGGUACACUCCAGCGGCCAGUUGAGGUAAUUGCAUUUUGUGAUGAGGAGGGAGUAAGGUUUCAGUCAACCUUCUUGGGGAGUGCAGCUAUUGCUGGCAUAUUACCAGUUUCAGCGUUGCAAGUACAUGAUAAGAAUGGUGUGACAGUGCAAGGUGCUCUGAGAGCAAAUUCAAUAGAAACUACAGAAGAAAACCUGUUGCAGCUCAAAUAUGAACCAGAAUCUGUUUGGGGCUAUGUUGAGGUUCACAUUGAACAGGGGCCUGUACUGGAGAAUGUUGGUCUCCCUCUUGGUUCAGUAAAAGGUAUUGCAGGGCAGACAAGGUUGAAGGUGACAGUGAGAGGAACACAAGGACAUGCAGGGACAGUACCUAUGAAUAUGCGACAGGAUCCUAUGGUUGCAGCUGCUGAACUAAUUGUAUUUCUAGAAAGUCUUUGUAAACAACCUGAGUAUUAUCUGUCCUAUGAUGGUCAAUGCGCUUCUUCAACAGUAAAAUCUCUUGCAGGAUCUCUGGUCUGUACUGUUGGAGAAAUAUCAACUUGGCCAAGUGCAAGUAAUGUCAUUCCAGGGCAGGUGACAUUCACCGUAGAUGUACGUGCAAUGGAUGACACAGGACGAGAAGCUAUAAUUUAUGAAUUUUCCAAUAGACUUUAUCAUAUGUGUGACAGGCGUUCUGUCUUUUGUAAUGUUGAGCGGAAGCAUGAUGCAAAUGCUGUGGUUUGCGAUCCUGGCCUCAGUACAGAGCUAAAAUCUGCAUCUUACGCCGCUUUGAAAAGAAUUACCGGUGAGGAUCCAGGUGAUGUUCCUGUACUGAUGAGUGGAGCAGGACAUGAUGCAAUGGCCAUGUCUCAUCUAACCAAUGUGGGAAUGCUUUUUGUGCGUUGUCGUGGAGGCAUCAGCCAUUCUCCUGCAGAGCAUGUAUCGGAUGACGAUGUUUGGGCAGCUGGAAUGGCAGUCCUUGCAUUUUUGGAGACACUCUUGUAAUUACUGGCAUUUUGCAAUGUAAUCUAGUAGGCUAGUUUGCCAUUCAUAAUCCCAUUUUUGUAUAUAUCGAUUCAACUUCUGUAGUUGCAGUAACGAGAAUGUACAUUUGCAAUAAAGCAAUUUGGCCUGUUAGUUAA